CCUUGGCAUGUGUUGUAGAGCACAAGCAGCUCGAUCGCUUGCAAGCAUUGCCAUAGCCAGCUAGUGUCGACGAUAAGCCAUGGCUUCCCGUGCCCUCGCUGCCCUGCUUGCAGUGGUAGCAUGUGCAGGUCUUGCUUCAGUUCCCCGCCGUGUUCUGGCAACUGACCCGACCCAGCUCCAAGACUUCUGCGUCGCUGAUAACAACAACCAAGCUGUGCUGGUGAACGGGCUGGUGUGCAAGAACCCGAAGGUGGUGACGGCGAACGACUUCUUCUUCAAGAUAAUGCCGGCCGCCCCGAACGCGCAGGGCUCCGGGGUGGCGGGGGUGGCCGUGGACGUGCUCCCGGGGCUCAACACGCUGGGCAUCUCGCUGGCGCGCAUCGACUUCGUCCCCGGCGGGCAGAACCCGCCGCACACGCACCCGCGCGGGUCGGAGAUCCUGACGGUGAUGCAGGGCACGCUCCUGGUGGGGUUCGUCACCUCCAACCAGCUGCUCAACAACACGCUCUUCACCAAGCAGCUGGUGGCCGGGGACGUGUUCGUCUUCCCGCAGGGGCUCAUCCACUUCCAGCUCAACAACGGCAAGGCCCCCGCCGUGGCGAUCGCGGCGCUCAGCAGCCAGAACCCCGGUACCGUCACCAUCGCCAACGCCGUGUUCGGCUCCAAGCCGCCCAUCUCGGACUUGAUCCUCGCCAAGGCGUUCAUGCUCGAGAAGGACACGGUCGACUGGGUCCAGCAGGCGUUCGGCGCGGCCCCUGUGGCCGGCGGCGGCGGCGGCAUGCCCGGAGGCGGCGGUUAUCCCGGCGGCGGGUAUCCCGGCAACGGGACCGGCGGCGGCUACCCCGGCGUGCCAGGGUACCCCUAAGGCGGCGGAGGUGGUGUGCCUCGACGGCGGCUAGCAUUGCUGCACAAGAGCAGAUGCUGAUGAUCAUCAGGCCGGCCGUCAUACGUACAAGUAUAGUACUCCAAACAUGAUGCCACUUGCAGGUUGUAAUGUUCAGGUUUACGGUGUAGCACACACGUAGUGUACUAGCGUAUGUGUGCGCACGCGAUGUGUUUGUGUUGAUCGAGGAGUAGAAGCUCGAUCGAUUGGGUUGAAUAAUAAUUUGUGGCCAAACGGCAACAAGUGUACUACAAACUUUACUGUUGCCUCUAUAUGAAAUAAACUUAAUUUGAGUGUCAGCA